CCGCGCCCGGACGGACGCCGGCACGACGAGCUACUACGAGCGUGAGUGGGUUUGGUGUGCGUGGCUGUUUUGUGCCAGUUUAGGCCAAUUAUCAACGGCCAAGGGGCAUUGUGUGAGGAUACAGCCCUCGACAAUAUUUACAGAAACGCAGAAGUUAUAGUUCCCGCUAUUAUCAUUGAAAACUUCAAAGUCUUCUUCUGCAACCAAGAUAAGGAGUCGAGAGACGAAUCAACGCUUGCGCCAUGUGCGGGUGCGUAAGAAUCCUGCGUGCGUGCAAAGCGGUGCCGCGAACGUGGAACAUCAGGCAAUCGAGCUCGUCUUCGUCCGCCCAGCCACCAGUGCCGGGAAUCCCUUACACCAAACUUAGUAUAGGCAUACCAAAAGAGAUCUGGCAAGAGGAAAGAAGAGUCGCUGUAGUACCAGCUGUAGUUAGCAAAUUAGUUAAGAAAGGCUUCACUGUAAAUGUGGAAGAGAACGCCGGCGCCUUAGCCAACUUUCCUAACAAAACAUACGAAGAGGCUGGCGCGAAAGUGACUACCUUAAAGGAUACAUUCCAAUCCAAUAUUAUUCUCAAGGUUCGGCCGAUAGUUGACAAAGAAAUACAAAAUGUUGUAAAUGAGAGCACAUUAAUAUCAUUCUUAUAUCCAGCGCAGAAUCAGGAAUUGCUAAAACAGCUAUCCGCCAAGAAAGUCAAUGCAUUUGCAAUGGACUGUAUCCCGCGUAUAAGUCGGGCGCAAGCUUUCGAUGCUCUCAGCUCGAUGGCGAAUGUCGCCGGCUAUCGCGCAGUCAUUGAGGCUGCCGCAAAUUUCCCACGAUUCUUUUCUGGUCAAAUGACAGCCGCCGGUCGCGUACCGCCCUGUCGUGUGCUUGUGAUAGGCGGUGGCGUGGCUGGUCUGGCGGCUGCAGCACAAGCUCGGUGUAUGGGCGCCGCCGUACGCGCAUUUGACACCCGUCCCGCUGUCAGGGAACAAAUCGAAAGUUUGGGGGCACAAUUCAUUACGAUGGAUAUGAAGGAGGAGGGAUCCGGCGAAGGAGGUUACGCUAAAGAGAUGAGUCAGGAAUUCUUGAAUGCUGAAAGAGCGCUGCUGGGCAAGGAAGCACGUACCUCAGAUGUCAUUAUCAGUACCGCUCUUAUUCCUGGAAAACCUGCACCGGUGCUUGUUAUGGAGGAUGCCGUCCGGGAUAUGGCCCCUGGCAGUGUGGUUGUCGAUCUGGCAGCAGAAAUGGGCGGCAACGUAGAGACCACUAAAAAAGGAGUGAUUACGAAAGUUCAUGGCGUUACACAUAUCGGUCUCACUGAUUUACCCAGUCGUAUGCCUGCCCAUGCGUCUACAUUGUACGCUAAUAAUAUAUCUGGAUUCCUGUUUAGUUUAGGGACGAACGACCAUUUCCACAUCAACCUCGAAGACGAAGUGACACGCGGUGCUAUAGUACUGAAAGCAGGCGAAAUGCUAUGGCCACCACCACCUCCACCUAGCAUGGCCGCUGUGCAAGCUCCUCCAAAAACUACUGCUGUUGCUAAAGCCGAGCCACCAAACCCAUUCAACGAAACUCUAAAAGACACUUUUAUGUAUUCCACGGGUUUGGCUAGUUUAAUUGCUCUCGGUAUCGCCUCUCCGAAUCCGGCGUUUACAACAAUGACGACUACGUUAGCUUUGUCAGGUGUUGUGGGCUACCACACCGUUUGGGGAGUCGUACCAGCUCUGCACUCGCCGUUGAUGUCAGUCACUAACGCUGUAUCUGGUAUCACUGCUGUCGGUGGUCUACUGCUUAUGGGGGGUGGAUAUGUCCCUGAAACACCUGUCCAGUUUUUGGCGAGCACAGCCGCUCUUAUCUCUUUCAUCAACGUGUUUGGUGGUUUUCUAGUCACACAACGGAUGCUUGAUAUGUUCAAAAGGCCAGGAGAUCCACCAGAAUAUGGUUACUUGUAUACCAUUCCUGCUGCUGCUCUACUCGGCGGCUAUAUCACCACUGCUAUGCAGGGUUACCCUGAAGUUCACCAGAUGGCGUACUUGGCGUCGUCUUUAUGUUGCGUCGGAGCUCUAGCUGGUCUUAGCUCUCAAACCACUGCUCGUAAAGGAAACUAUCUUGGCAUGAUCGGUGUAACCGGCGGUAUAGCAGCGACACUCGGCUUGUUGACACCUAGUGCAGAAGUGCUGGCGCAAAUGUUAGGAGUUGCCGGCAUUGGUGGACUUAUUGGUGGCACCAUCGCAAAGAAGAUCGAGAUCACCGACUUGCCUCAACUUGUGGCUGGUUUCCACAGUUUGGUGGGUAUGGCCGCUGUAUUGACUUGCAUCGCCACAUAUAUGCACGACUUCCCUGCGAUGGCGCUCGAUCCCACAGCCGCGACGCUUAAAACCUCGCUGUUCCUUGGCACUUACAUCGGUGGUAUUACUUUCACCGGUUCACUAGUAGCGUACGGGAAGCUACAGGGUGUGCUAAACUCGGCACCGUUAUUGCUACCCGGUCGCCAUGCGAUUAACGCAGGCCUGUUGCUCGGCUCGCUGGGUUGCGGCGGCGCGUUGCUUGCUUUCCCCGAAGCGCCCGGCCUGCCUUUGCUUGGCACUGCAGCUGUUCUUAGCGGCAUUCAGGGACUCACACUUACUGCUGCUAUUGGAGGUGCGGAUAUGCCAGUAGUGAUCACAGUGUUAAACAGCUAUUCCGGUUGGGCGCUGUGCGCGGAAGGCUUUAUGCUCAACAACUCACUCAUGACCAUUGUGGGCGCGCUCAUCGGCAGCUCUGGUGCCAUCCUCUCUUACAUCAUGUGCAAGGCCAUGAACCGAUCUCUCCCGAACGUGAUACUAGGCGGCUAUGGCGUAACAUCCUCAGGCUCAGCACGUCCGGCAGGAGCAACGCACACCGAACUCAACAUUGACUCUGUCGCUGACCUCAUUCACCGGGCUUCUAGCAUUAUUAUUACUCCUGGUUAUGGCCUUUGUGUGGCUAAGGCUCAAUAUCCGAUUGCUGAGUUGGUAAACUUACUGAAGCAAUCUGGUAAGAAGGUGCGCUUUGCGAUCCAUCCUGUAGCCGGUCGUAUGCCUGGGCAGCUGAAUGUACUCCUCGCUGAAGCUGGAGUACCUUAUGACGACGUGUUUGAAAUGGAGGAAAUCAACGAUGAGUUCCCCGAUACUGACCUCGUGCUAGUUAUUGGUGCCAACGACACCGUAAACAGUGCAGCCGAGGACGAUCCCGAUUCUCCGAUUGCUGGAAUGCCUGUACUUAAAGUGUGGAAAGCCAACCAGGUUGUAGUAAUGAAGAGAUCCAUGGGCGUAGGCUACGCCGCAGUAGACAACCCGAUUUUCUACAAUCCGAACACUGCCAUGUUGCUCGGAGACGCCAAGAAGACUUGCGACGGUUUACUAGAAAGAAUCAAACAUCUAACUGCUUAAAAUUUAUAAAUAAAAUCAUUAACGUAACGCGAUAACUUAUGUUGACUUUACACAUAAGUACAUUCAUAUGAGAUUCGGACAUACAGAGCCUUAUUUUUUAAGUUUUGAUUUAUGAAGGCUGUUUAAAAUGCAUUCAAUGUUGAUAUUUUUAUGUUACCAGUGUAUUUUAAUAUUUGUACAAGAUUUUUGAGGAUCUUUUUUAUUAAAUGUAAAACAAAGUUUGAAGUCAAAAAUCAAAAUUAAACAAUGUGCCUUACAGUAACUUGUCUAGACUCGGAACAGCUAGUCAAAUGUUUAAAAUCAAAUUAUAAUUUUUAAGUGACGAAUUUUUGUAUGUUUACAGCAUUUAUUGGAUAUAUUUUUUAUUUACGUAUUGGUUAUCACGACAUCAUAAUACUAAUCAAAGUAAGACGGUUUAAGGAAAUGGUAUUACAAAUACCAAAACAGAUAUUUUUCUAUCUAUCUUCAAAUCACUCAACAAUAUUUACGUAAAAUACGUUAAUUUUGUAUAUAAAAAAUGAGCUUCACAAUAAUUUAUUACGCAAUUUGUCAAUUUGAACGUGGUUAUUGACCAAAAAAAAACAUACGUGCCAGCAGGUCUAUAAUAGUUCCAUUAACUUAUGUUACUAGGCAAUGUAAUUUUAUAUACCAGAUUCUUUUGAAUUUGUGUUUACAUUGUUUCUAUGAAAUCGUCGAGAAUGUAUCCCAUGAUAUUUUAGUACUGAUAGUAACAUUUACAAUAACUACUUACAUAGGUAUAGAUAACAAGAGAUUGUAUAAAAAUUCUGAUAUUGAUUUGAACUCCCUUAGAUUAAACCUCCCUCGACAUUCCAUUUACUGGAUUAUUUGUUGAUAUUUGUUUUUUUUUUCGAGUGCUCCACUUUGUUGUAUAAAUAAGAUAAACUGUUGUAAUAAACCUUUUAGUUUGAGAAUAAGCCCUGUAGAAAUAUUUGUUAUUUCAUAUCAUAUGUUUUCUAAAAUCCAGAAAAAACAACUAUUUAAAAAAAAUAUAGAUAUAAUUCAUUCCAAGUUUCUCAGAUAUUAAUGUAGUAGUCGCUAGAAUAAAUAAGUUUUAAAAUGUGGACACUUACUGUUACAAAUAUUUCUUUUUCCUUAGUUUUUCAUUUUAAUUUACACGUGAAAUAUAAUGUAAAAUAAAUGAAAAUCUUGCGGUUUUCGUUCUUUUACUUUUUAUACCUUUUUCACCAUGUAAUAAUGACUAAC